UUCCGCUGGUUGGACAGACUUGUGUGGCAGAUUCGACAGAAAGUUCUGCGUAUGUACUGUAAAACUAAUCUCUAAAUCCAAAUUUCAGGGAUUAUAUUUAGUGAUAUGACGCCUCAAACCCAUCGAUAAAUUAGUAUUCUUUUGUUGUUUAUAUGGAUGACAUGGACGGACAAAAAGCAGCCGGUUCUGUGUUUAUGUGUCGGCUGUGCAACCUCUUCUCUCCCAGUCGCUCUCAGCUGCUGGCCCAUUGCUCCCAGCUGCACCCCCAGCAGGAUCCUCCUGAUGACAUCAUCAUUGCACUGCAGCCCCUUGUAGGAGAGCCUGUGGAGACACUGGCAGGUCAGAGAGCCCGGUGAAGCGAAAACGAGGCCGUCCGAAAGGCUCUACGAAGAAGAUGCGCACCAAUUUGACAGAGGGCAAGGCUGGCUCCGCCCAUUCUCCGAAGGAUAAUGUUCAAAGAGAAGAAGAAGGGAAUAUGGAGGAGGGAGAUACACAAUGUAGCACAAUAGAAGGAGAAAGCCAUGAUGAGAUGUUGGGGCUGGAAUGUCGAGACUGUCAUCGCACGUUCAGAAACAGACGACAGAUCCUCAAACACAUCUGCCUAAGACAAGAGGAACAGGAGGAGGACGAAGAGGAGAAUGGUGAUUCUGAUGGAGCAGGAGUUGAGGGUUCGGGGAGUUUGGAUUCUGAGGGAACAGAUCCAAAUCAGAAGCAGCAAAACUCCACAAGACCAGGGUUUGCGAGAGAAAAGGACGUUGGCAGCUCAAGAACCCAGAGAACCAACCGAAGCCGCAUCUCCAAAGAAGGACUAGCCACAGGAAACAAAAAGUCUGUCAUCAGUGUUGUUCUGACAGAAGAUAAAACACUUCCAGGUGUUUCUAAAAUUGUUCCAGUAGAAGACAAUUCAGCAGAAACAGAGUCUGCAGCCAUCCAAACUCAACUUCAGUCUGCAGUCUUCCAGAGUCAGUCAAAAGACCUUGCAAGUGACGCCACAGCCUGCGAAGGUAACCCUAAGAUGGAUCAGGAGCCAAGUUCUGACCUGAUCUCCACAACAACAGCAGCAGCCAACAGAGGCUUCCAAGAAUAUUCUAUAAAGCAAGAUGCUACCAAUUUACUUCAGAGCCAGUUGAAGAUCUUUGCCUGUGAGUUCUGUAAUAAGAUCUUUAAAUUCAGACACUCACUGGUCGCCCACCUAAGAACACACACCCAGGAGAAACCGUUCCAGUGUCCACACUGUGAAUACGCAUCAUCGAUCAAAGCCAACCUAAACGUUCACCUGAGGAAGCACACAGGAGAGAAGUUCAGCUGUCAGCACUGUCCUUUCAACUGCCUCAGCCCAGGACACCUCAAGGUCCACAUAGAGCGAGUCCAUUUAAAGGUGAAGCAGCACUGCAGCUUCUGUGAGAAAAAAUACUCAGAUGUGAAGAACUUGCUGAAACACAUGGAGAAACGACACAACCUGAAAGACCCUGCUGUCCACCAGACUUACCAACAACUCAGGUUAAAGACUCGUCAGGGCCUCAGGCAGCUCCUCUACCACUGUCCCACCUGCAACCGACGCUUUAAAAACCUCCUCGAGCGGGAGCGCCACCUGUUGGUCCACGGACCCCAGCGCCCCUUCGCCUGUCUCCUCUGUGACCAUGCUACAACCAAGAUGGCUGCCCUCGCUGCUCACAUCAGGAAGCACCUCUUCCUAUACGUGUGCUGCGUGUGUGACGGGAAGUUUGUCAGCUCUCAGAGACUGAAGAGUCACCUGAAAGAGUCUCACGCUGAGCUGGACCAGGAGCAGGGCUUCACUGACUGUAUCAACAACAGCUACUACCUGGUGCAGCCUGGAGGAGGCAUGUGGGGGGAUGAGGAGGGGGAAGAUAUGGAGGAAAGGAUGAAGGAAGCGCGCAGGAUAGAGCAGGAGGGUGAAAAUGAGAGGACGAGAGAGGAGGGUGGAAGAAAUGGUGUAGGAGGGGAAGGGGAGCAGCUGGAAGUAGCAGCGAAUGAAAAUAGGGAGCAAGAGAGGGAGGGAGAACGAGCUACAUCACAGGGUGAAGAAGUGCAAGUGAUAGUAGGAGAGGGAGGGAAAGAAGGAGAAUUAGAAAAUGGAGGUGCAAAGCAAGGUUCCCAAGCAGAGCUCCAUCAAGCGAUUUCUGUGGAGACCACAACUCCCACUGACAGACGGGAUGAAGUUACAACUCGGGAAAAGUCACAGGACAACACACUGGACUCAUGCACCCCUGCAGCUGAAGACAAUACACAGACUGUUAUAUCACUACAGAGCAUUCAACCCCCUGUCCUGGUUGACGGGACGCAACAAAACACACACCUGGCUGAUGAGAACAAAAACACACGCACAUCUUUGCCAUCGGGAAAUACGAACUUGUGUGAUUUAAGUGUACACACAAAUUUGUCAUCAGCACCUCCAGGGGAAGAUGGACAAACUCCACCUUCAGAGAGGGUAAAUUUAUUACAGGUGUCGGAGGUUUUCCAUCAGAGUGCAUUCCAGCAGGUGUUGUCAUCUCUUCCGAAGACUCGAUUUAAUAUGGAGUCUUUCCAACGGCUCAGGAAAAUUUAUGGAGACCUGGAAUGUCAAUACUGUGGUAAACUGUUCUGGUACAAAGUCCACUAUAACGUCCACGUACGCACACACACCAAGGAGCACUCGCAUUACUGUUCAAAGUGUAGCUACUCGUCCAUCACCAAAAGCUCUUUAAAGCGGCACCAGAUCCAGAAGCACAGCGGCUUGCUGCUGUCUUGUUCGAAUACUGACUGUAAAUACACAACACCAGACAAAUACAAGCUUCAAGCCCAUUUGAGGACGCAUCAAGAACAGGGGAAGAGUGUGACUUGUCCUGUCUGCCAGCACAGCUAUCCAGAGCACAGACUGAAACACCACAUCAAAACAUCCCACCCUGACGCACUACCUCAGCAUGGUAAAGGACUGAUGGUGCAGCGUGCAGAGAAGUGCCCCUACUGCGACUCCUACUUCCUUAAGAACAGCAGUGACUUUCAGCGGCACAUCUGGGCCCACCAAGGUUUGAAGCCAUACGUCUGCAGUGUGUGUGACUAUGCUGGCCGCAGCAGGAGUAACCUGAAGACUCAUAUGAACCGACACAACACAGAGAGACGUCACCUCUGCGAUCUGUGUGGUAAAAAGUUCAAAUCUAAGGUUACGCUGAAAAGCCACAGACUGAGCCACACCAAUGAAGGAAAACGUUUUCAGUGUUCCGAGUGUGCCUUUACCUCGGUGUCUAAACCUUCCUUGCUCAGACACAUGGAGCAACACGCUGAGUUUAAGCCAUUUCGCUGUGCCCACUGCCACUACUCCUGUAACAUUGCUGGUCCACUGAAGCGACACUACAACAUGAAACACCCAGAUCAGAAAUAUCAGAAUGCCGGACAUGGCCUGCCUAACCCUGAUGCUCUGAAACUGCAAGGUGGUAUGAAGUGUCCUGAGUGUGAGUUUGUUUAUGGGACCAAGUGGGAGCUGAACCGCCACCUGAAGAGCAAACACAGCCUGAAAGUGGUGGAAGGCACCUGGGAGGUGGGGGAGGCAGUAGAGGCCCAAUAUGUUCCUGUGGAGGAUGUGGAGCAGCUGACAGAAGCACCUGUAACAGCCCUGCAGGACAACGUUAAUAUCCAGCAGAUCACUGAAUUCAGUUCAGAGACUCAUGACGCUGUCACCUCCAUGGUCGCCAUGGCUCCAGGCACGGUUACCGUCGUACAACAGCUGCAGGUGGCUGAUGAGCAGGAAGUCGGUAACUGCAGCAACCAGCUGAUGGUGGUGGACGCAGAGGGGGGUCUAACUGGUGACCAGGUGAUGGUGGUUGAGGAUGCACACGGCCUGGAAGCUCUGACAGUCCUCACUCAGGGAGAAAACACUCACCACUAUAUCGUCUACGUCCAGGAACACACUGUAGAAAUCAACUAGUAAUCAGUAAUCAUUUCAACAUAGGACAAAAAACAGGAGUUAGUGAAUGUUUCUCUUUGAUCAUGAAGAAUUUCCUUAAUCACGUUUAUUUUUUCAGUCAUGUAGUAAUUAUGAGAACAGAGUGCAAUAUUUGGUUGUGUGAUUAUGUGAUUUUUGUACUUACAAAGUAUAUUUAAAUAAAACCCCUGUCCUGCACUGCUUGAUGCAAUGAAGUGCUGGAAUUUUCUAAAAAAUUAA